AUGUUACCAAAGAAGGUCUGUUCCGUAAGCCAGGCAACAAGAGCAGAAUGACCACAUUAAAAGAGCUUCUGAUUGCCAAAGGCCCAGCGGUCAGCAUUGACCCAGAAAUCUUUUCCCCAAACGAUGUAGCUUGUAUACUGAAGGAGUUUGUAAGGGAGCUGCCAGAACCUCUUCUCACUGAACGUCAUUUGGAGGCUCACAGGCAAAUAUUAGCUCUUGGACAGCACGCCAGAUCACCAGAAGACAUAUCUCGGUAUUCUUCCAGAAAACUGUCAGCCCUUCAGCUGCUGAUGCUGCUGUUGCCACCUCCAGUACAGAAGCUGACCAUGCAUUUGCUGCAGCUCCUGCAGAGAAUUGCGGACAGUCCCGAGUCAAAGAUGACUGCGGCCACACUGGGGACCAUAUUUGCCCCCAUGUUUUUCAUUGAGAGAAAAGUGCAGCCAAGAGACCUGUACUGUCAGAUCACUACAACUGCCCCAGCUGUCAGCUUCAUGAUUGAUAAAGCCCAUGAGUUAUUUAAG